AUGUCGUCCGACUCCAGGACUCCCAAGUCGAUCUUCGCAAAGCCGCCAGUCAAGAUCAGCGUGGGCAGUGACGAGCGCGCUUACUAUGUCCACCGUGGAACGCUUGAAGUUCACCCCACAUUCGAUGCCCGAUUGAAGGUGUCAACUAACGAAUACGAGGAUGCGAUUGAUUGGUCCGCUUUUGAUGAGCAAACCAUUGAUUGCGUAUUGAGCUUCCUUUACACUGGAGGGUACCAGGCACCUCAAGCGACCUCUGUGGCAGUUGAGGAAAAUCAGGCAGAUGUGGGGGAAGAGGCCCCAGCGCAAGACGGCGAAGGAGAGGGGGAAGAAGAAGUAGUGGAUGAGACAGAAGAAGCGGAUGAAGAAGCCGAACCACCAACGUCACCGGUUGCAAGGUCACCUUCGCAUGCUUCAUGGCCACCAUCCCCACCCUCAAGGUCCCCUCCACCACCCGAAAGCCCUUCAUGGCCAAACUCGCCUCCAAUGUUUGCUGUACCUGCAAGGUCACCACCAGUUCCCGAUUCACCCAUAACCCCGGACUCACCACCAUCCGAGACCCUAUCCGACUGCGACAUAAAUGACCGACCCCUGACACCUUUGGAAUAUUGCGAUGGGGUAACUCUGACUACGGAGCACACCUUGGCACCAAAGAUUCUAGACCAUGAAAGGAAGGAGCAAUAUCAAGAAGAGCCAGAACCAGAAGCCGAAGGAAACAGCGCCGCUGAGAUUUAUCUCCACGCCAAAGUCUAUUCCUUCGCACGUCAACUCGACUUUGAAAAGCUGGAGCAAUUCUCUCUAAACCGUCUGGCCGAGGUUCUUGUUGCCCUGGAACAAACAGACAAGGUCCUAUUCCCAUACUUAGUGGAUGCAAUCCGACUGAUCUAUCAGACGACCGAUAUUGCUGACGAUGCGAGAAAUUUGCUAUCUCAGUUUGUGGCACUGCGGUACACCACGCUGGUUGGCGAGCAUCUGGACGAACUUAUCACAGAGGGAGGGGAGUUUGUGGUCGAUUUGUCGCAUAAGCUUGCCCGGAAGCUGACCACCAUCUCAAUGGCGUUUAAGAGGAUUGAAUACCUUACCCACAAGAACGAGGAGUUGAAAGCAGAAAGUGCAGAGAAAGAUAAAGAGCUGAAGGCUUUGAGAGACGAGGUUAGGCGACCGGCACAGGGCUUUCCGGCCUUCACGUAUCAAAUUUGA